CCCUGCGCGAAGCGGAAGUGACGCGAGGCGUAGCGGAAGUUACUGCAGCCGCGGUGUUGUGCUGUGGGGAAGGGAGAAGGAUUUGUAAACCCCGGAGCGAGGUUCUGCUUACCCGAGGCCGCUGCUGUGCGGAGACCCCCGGGUGAAGCCACCGUCAUCAUGUCUGACCAGGAGGCAAAACCUUCAACUGAGGACUUGGGGGAUAAGAAGGAAGGUGAAUAUAUUAAACUCAAAGUCAUUGGACAGGAUAGCAGUGAGAUUCACUUCAAAGUGAAAAUGACAACACAUCUCAAGAAACUCAAAGAAUCAUACUGUCAAAGACAGGGCGUUCCAAUGAAUUCACUCAGGUUUCUCUUUGAGGGUCAGAGAAUUGCUGAUAAUCAUACUCCAAAAGAACUGGGAAUGGAGGAAGAAGAUGUGAUUGAAGUUUAUCAGGAACAAACGGGGGGUCAUUCAACAGUUUAGAUAUUCUUUUUAUUUUUUUCUUUUCCCUCAAUCCUUUUUUAUUUUUAAAAAUAGUUCUUUUGUAAUGUGGUGUUCAAAACGGAAUUGAAAACUGGCACCCCAUCUCUUUGAAACAUCUGGUAAUUUGAAUUCUAGUGCUCAUUAUUCAUUAUUGUUUGUUUUCAUUGUGCUGAUUUUUGGUGAUCAAGCCUCAGUCCCCUUCAUAUUACCCUCUCCUUUUUAAAAAUUACGUGUGCACAGAGAGGUCACCUUUUUCAGGACAUUGCAUUUUCAGGCUUGUGGUGAUAAAUAAGAUCGACCAAUGCAAGUGUUCAUAAUGACUUUCCAAUUGGCCCUGAUGUUCUAGCAUGUGAUUACUUCACUCCUGGACUGUGACUUUCAGUGGGAGAUGGAAGUUUUUCAGAGAACUGAACUGUGGAAAAAUGACCUUUCCUUAACUUGAAGCUACUUUUAAAAUUUGAGGGUCUGGACCAAAAGAAGAGGAAUAUCAGGUUGAAGUCAAGAUGACAGAUAAGGUGAGAGUAAUGACUAACUCCAAAGAUGGCUUCACUGAAGAAAAGGCAUUUUAAGAUUUUUUAAAAAUCUUGUCAGAAGAUCCCAGAAAAGUUCUAAUUUUCAUUAGCAAUUAAUAAAGCUAUACAUGCAGAAAUGAAUACAACAGAACACUGCUCUUUUUGAUUUUAUUUGUACUUUUUGGCCUGGGAUAUGGGUUUUAAAUGGACAUUGUCUGUACCAGCUUCAUUAAAAUAAACAAUAUUUGUAAAAAUCGUA